AUGCGUUUUCUCGGGGACUGGCUUUCGUGCAGGGGCGCGUUAGUCACCCUUCUCCUUUCUAGUAGAGUGAAUGCCAUUACAUUGGAUCUCACUGACGAACAAUCCAUCAAAGAUGCCGCUGGGACCAGUGCCUAUGCCAUGAUGACUUACUACAAGGGCAACGAAACGGGUCAUAUCCCUGGUGCCUUUGCUAGUAAGUGGUGGGAGGGAGCCGCCCUGUUCUUGGCUUUGCUCCAGUAUUGGCAUUUCACAGGUGAUACCACCUAUAAUGAUGAACUGCGUGUCGGAUUAGAGUGGCAAGCUGGCGAUGGUGACUAUAUGCCUUCGAACUAUAGUAGUUACCUAGGAAAUGAUGAUCAAAUGUUCUGGGGUCUUGCAGCUAUCACUGCCGCAGAACUCAAGUUUACAGAUUCUUCCACUGGAUAUUCUUGGCUUGCUCUGGCCCAGGGUGUCUUUAACACCCAGAUCGAGCGGUGGGACACUACCACUUGUUCCGGUGGUAUGCGCUGGCAAAUCUGGUGGUGGGAGUCCGGUUAUACGAUGAAGAACUCCAUCGCUAACGGUGGACUGUUCCAACUGGCUGCCCGUCUUUACCGCUACACGGGAGAUGAGACCUACGGUACAUGGGCUCGGAAGAUCUGGGAUUGGUCGUUGACCACGCCACUCCUCAGUAACACGACCUGGAAUGUUGCAGACUCGACCGCAAUGGAAGACGGUUGUACAAGUCAAGGAAACACACAGUGGUCAUAUAACUAUGGCACGUAUCUAAUGGGUGCCGCCUAUAUGUACAACUAUACCCUACAGACAAACAGCACAGAACAGGCUACUUGGCAAACAGCAGUCACUGGCUUAUUAACAGAAACAUUCACCCAUUUCGCCCCAACCAGCAAUGGCGGAAUCCUAGAAGAGGUCGUCUGCGAACCAUCAGAGCAAUGUAACGACAAUGAGAUUCUCUUCAAGGGACUCGUCUCUUCCUGGCUAUCAUUUACAGCCUUGCUAGUCCCUACAACCUACGACACAAUUCUCGCAAAGCUACAGACCUCUGCCAAAGCAGCCGCUUUAUCCUGCACUGGUCACGAUAACAAUACCUGCGGCGUGCGUUGGUAUCUAUCUGAAUAUGACGGCUGGAUCGGGAUGGAAGAAGAAAUCAGCGCCACCAAUAUUUUCACCGCCAAUCUCAUCAGCUUCUCCAACGCUGCCCCGGUUACUUCGACCACGGGCGGAAACAGUACCAGCGACACCACUGCCGGUAAAAACGAUACUUCCACCACAGAAACGACCUACUCAGCGAUCACUUCUGGAGACCGAGCCGGUGCUGGGAUUCUUACCGUGCUCCUCGUCCUUGGAUGGACUGCUAUGAUGGGUUGGACCGUCCUAGGGGGCUAA